UGAUGUUUGUAACUUGACUCCGUGCUCAGCGGGACGUCGGAGGAGGAAAAACGGAAAGUGAACCGAGCUCCGUAACUUUGUGCUUCUUCGGUUCUUUUUCUCUCAUCCGUUUGUUCCCCUUUGGGCCGUUUUUCCAGUCGCGGCUCGUCUGUUUUCUCUUCGACUUAAAACCGAGUAAAGUUCGCGCUGACGGACCGAAAGAAAAAUGGAGAUAGAGAAGGAAGUAAAGAAGAUGACCCUCGGGCACGAGUUCGGCGCCGGGGCGGCCUGUUUGAAAUGCAAGGACAAGUGCGAGGGCUUCGAGCUUCACUUCUGGAGAAAGAUCUGCCGAAACUGCAAAUGUGGCCUCACGGAGCACAACGUGCAGAUGAACUCGGAGGAGAACAAGAAGGUGGGCAAGCUGUUCGAGGACACCAAGUACACCGGCCUCAUCGCCAAGCUGAAGACGGACGGCAUCCCCAGCUACAACGGCACCAUGGUGACCAUCACCCUGCCCAGCUCCAGCACCGCCUACGCCGUGCCGCCGAGCGCCUCCUCCGCCGAGGGGCCUCCGCCGGGCGCCGCGGGGUCGGCUACGCCCGCUGGGGGGGCCGCGGGAUCGCCGAUGGGCGCCACUCGGCCUUGGGCUCAGGCUCUUCCUGAGGGUCAUCCUCAAGGUCAUCCUCAGGGUCACCCUCAGGGUCACCCUCAAGGUCAGCCCGAGGGGCAUCGGGUACCAGCCGGCCCCGCACCCGUCAAGGCCAACAGAGUGCCGGUUGCUGUCGGCGCCACGUCGGCCAAUUUGGUGCCGGUCACCAAAGACGUGCCGAUGAAGACCGUCACCUAUGAGUGGGCGCCGCCCGUAGCCAAUAAGUAUCUGGCGGUGCGUUACAUCGAGCUGCUCCCAGCCGAGAAGCGCCCGGUGGCCGGUACGGAGGGAGCCGCCUACCGCCGGCAGCAGAUGGCCCGCCAGCUGCCCGAGCACGACCAGGACCCGUCCAAGUGCCACGAGCUGAGCCCCGCCGAGGUCAAGCAGAUGCAGCAGUUUGUCCGCAAGUACAAGGACGAGGCCCUGGGGGUCGCCGACGUCAUGCUGCCCGAGGAGAUGGCGCUGGCUCAGGCUGGAGGGCAGGGAGGACCUGGCGUCGGGGCCGGAGGAGCAGGGUACGGACCGGGUGCCGGGGCUAAAGCGGGUGCCGGUUCCGGCCCGGGGGCUGCGGGCGCUGGUUUCGGUCCUGUGGCAGGUGCCGGUUCCGGCCCGGGGGCUGCGAGCGCUGGUUUCGGUCCUGUGGCAGGUGCUGGUUCCGGCCCGGGGGCUGCGGGCGCUGGUUUCGGACCUGUGGCAGGUGCCGGUUCCGGCCCCGGGGCUGCGGGCGCUGGUUUGGGACCUGUGGCAGGUGCCGGAGGUGGUGCUGGAGGAGCAGGACCCCUCUCAGCAGGAGCCGUGGGUACGGCUGCCACUGCUGGAGCCGUGGGGGUCGCCCCUGGAGCUCCACAAGCUGGACUGCCACAACGGACCUUCUCGUGCCAUCACUGCCAGCUGCCGAUGCGUCUGGGCGAGCCGGCCGUCUACGCCGAGCGGGCCGGCUACGACAAGAUGUGGCACCCGGCCUGCUUCGUGUGCUGCACCUGCCAGGAGCUGCUGGUGGACAUGAUCUACUUCUGGAAGAAGGGAAAGCUCUUCUGCGGACGCCACUACGGAGACAGCGAGAAGCCGCGCUGCGGCGGCUGCGACGAGCUGAUCUUCAGUCACGAGUACACGCAGGCCGAGGGCCAGAACUGGCACCUGAAGCACUUCUGCUGCUUCGAGUGCGACUGCAUCCUCGCCGGAGAGACGUACGUGAUGGAGAGCGACAAGCCCGUCUGCCAGCCGUGCUACAUGAGGAGCUACGCCGUGAAAUGCGCCGCCUGCCGGGAGCCGGUGGAGCCCGAGGCCCAGAGGGUCUCCUACGGCGAGCACCACUGGCACGCCGAGCCGCAGUGCUUCAAGUGCUCCGGCUGCUCCAAGUGCCUGGUGGGGCAGCGCUUCAUGGCGGCGCAGGGCUUCCUGUUCUGCUCCGUGGAGUGCAAGAAGAAGGAGAAGACGGCGGCGUGAGAGAGAAACCGGACGACUUCCCCCUCCCCCCCCCCCCCCCCUCAGAGUGCCUGACGCGUCUAAUACCGAGACGUUUAACCAUUGCACUGUGUUUUCUUACUGAUGAGAUUAAGGUUGUGUUUUUUUUCUACUCUUAUAAUGUGCCACCUUUUUUUUUACUUCCUGAAAGCAGCAACUGAGUCUCCUCUAUGCAGCAACAUCAGAAAUGAACCCACAUCAUUGUACUGAUAGUGGUUUCAUUGAGAGAUUUGAAGUCAUCUCGACACUGAUAAAACAUUGAGUUGUUGCACAUCUUCCAAUGAGGUGUGUGAGAGUGUUUUAAGGGAAAAACCAAUGUAAUAAACGUCUACUGUAGUCCAUCAUGACAGAAGUGUGACUGUGGAUAAACCAUGUGCAUGAAGAUGUGGAUUAUUGUGACUUUGAUUUCAUUAGCUUUUCUCUAAUGAUCUGCUAAGUGAACCAGACAGUCAUCAUCCACAGAAUAUUCCGCCUCAUGACCUUUGACUGCUCGUGUUUGGCUCUCCAUUAGCUGCCACAAAGCGGGUCUGAUAUUGAAUUGUAUCAUUAGAAAUCAAGUGUUUAUCAUGUAUCUGUAUUAAUAGAAAGUGAGAACGUUGAGGUAUGAAAAUGUUUCAUCCUCUUGGAUCAUCUCAACGUGUCCUGAUGGGUUCAAACUGUAUGAUUGUAAUAAAAGAAUGUUGCCACGAUGCUCCGUGACCCUCUGUUCCAUCCAACAAACUGCUCCUUAAAGUGAUUACCCAUCAAUUGAUACAACUUUCAUUGUAU